AUGGCGUCCACGGCGAAAUACCAGCCCGCUCCCCAGCAGGAACCCGACGACGACUACACCCAGGCGCCGCCCGCCUACGGCACCGCGGCCUCGUCGUCGCAUGAUCCCGGCCUGUUCGCCGAGCCGCGCAGCAGCGACGACAACAUCCCCGACGACUUCAAGUUUGGAGGCUCUGUCGCUGAAGCCACCGUCGACAUCCGCAACCAGUUCGUCCGCAAGGUCUACAGCAUCCUCACCGUCCAGCUCGUUGCCACCGCCGCCCUGAGCUCCAUCAGCUUCUUCAGCGAUGCGUACAAGUCGUGGAUCCAAAGCCAUCCCGGCCUCGUCUGGGCAUCUCUCUUUGGCGCCAUGAUCUUCAUGGGCCUCACCUACUGGAAGCGCAAAUCAUACCCAACCAACCUCCUCUUCCUCUCCCUCUUCACCCUCACCGAGGCCUACUCCAUCUCCGUCAUCGUCUCCUUCUACCAGACCUCCAUCGUCCUCAACGCCACCGUCCUCACCGCCGGCGUCUUCGUCUUCCUCACCCUCUUCGCCUGCCAGACAAAGUACGACUUCACCUCAUGGAUGCCCUACCUCUUCGGCGCCCUCUGGGGCCUCGUCAUCUUCGGCUUCAUGUCCAUGUUCUUCCCGUACAGCUCGACGGGAGACCUCAUCUACGGCGGCCUCGCGGCGCUCAUCUUCAGCGGAUACAUCCUCGUGGACACCCAGCUGGUCCUGCGCCACCACCACGUCGAGGAGGAGAUUGCCGCCGCCAUCAGCUUGUACCUGGACAUUAUCAACCUCUUCCUCGCCAUCCUUCGCAUCCUCAACAACCAGUCUAACAACUAA